AUGGGAAAUGUCAUUGGAGGUGUGACGAACCUUGAUGGAGGCUCGACACACGUAAUGUUGUCCCCCUCGGGAUCUCCGGCGUCAUGUUCGCAACAACACAUCAUCAAAUGGCGGCCGGCGAUGAGGCAGGCACCAGACCAGACUGCCGCGACCGGUGCGGUGUGGGAUGCCUCGCCCAUCCGCCCAGGAGGCCCCGGCAAAGGAAGGGACGGGGGGACGUCGUCCAACGGGGGGUUCGGAGGCAGCAACAUGAGACAAUGGAGCAACAUAUAUUACGUACCAGCGGCGUUGGCUCUUGAUGUCUGA